CAGAUUUCACGAGGAGAAGCAGAGGAGAGGAUCCUUCUGCCUCUCCGGCUGCUGCCGGCGCCACCGCUGCCUGGUCUGCUAAGGGGGAAUUUCUCUCCAGAAUCAAGGCCCGAGGACCCAUCUCCUUGGGUACGCAGGGUGGAAGGAGAAAACCGACUCUGUUCUUCGACUUACGCACGCGUGUGGUCCUUGAGUCCCCCAAGGUCCCCAAAAUACUUGAUUUCCAAGCCAUACUCCUGUCUGCUGUCUCUUGCCACAGCAGUCAUGCCCAGGGGACAAAAGAGUAAGGCUCGUGCUCGGGAGAAGCGCCGCCGGGUCAAAGACGAGGCCCAGGGGCUCACGGAUGCUCAAGCCAAGGCAGGAGAGAAAGGAGAGUCACCCUCCUGCUCUGAUCAUGAUUCUGGAGAUGCUGUUGCAAGCACCUCUACUGCUGGCUUCCCACAGAAGUCUAAAUUUCAGGGUGAGGCAGUCACCACCACUGCUAGUAAACGUGGUGCCUACAGAAGAUCUCGUAAAAUUACUAAAGGUCCAAGGGAGGAGAGUACCAGCUGCUCUAGGGUGCCACGCUUUAAUGAGAACCCACAGAAUGAUCUUCUAACAAGGAAGACAGGGAUCCUGAUGCAGUACCUGCUUUGCAAGUACAAAAUGAAACAGACAGCGAAUAAGGGAGAAAUGCUGAAAGUUAUCAACAGGAGGUUCAGGGAGCAGUUACCUGAGAUCCUCAAGAAAGCCUCUGAGCGCAUUCAGCUAGUUUUUGGUCUUGAGGUGAAGGAAAUUAAGCCCAGAGGUGGCCACUACACCCUUGUUAGCAAGUUAGAUCCCAGCGUUGAUGGUACCCUGACCACUAGCCUCCCAUUCCCCCAGAAUGGGCUUUUGAUGCCUCUGCUGGGUGUGAUCUUCUUAAAUGGCAACCGUGCCUCUGAGGCAGAGAUAUGGCAAUUCCUUAAUAUUUUGGGAAUUUAUGAUGGGAAGGUACACAUAAUCUUUGGGGAGCCCCGAAAGCUCAUCACCAAAGAUUUGGUUAAGGAGAAGUACCUGGUAUACCAAAAGGAGGCCAACAGUAAUCCUCCAUCCUUUGAGUUCCUUUGGGGUCCCCGAGCCCAUGCUGAAACUACCAAGAUGAAGGUCCUGGAGUUUUUAGCCAAGGUCAAUGAGACAGUUCCUCAGGCCUUCCCAAGUCAUUAUGAGGAGGCUUUGAAAGAUCAGGAAGAGAGAGCCCAAGCUGAAGCUGAUAAGGCAGAGUCUAAAGUCACACUUGUUGACUCCUCUUGCAAAGAUAAGGCAGAGUCUAAAGUCACACCUGCCAAGUCCUCUCGCAAAGAUAAGGCAGAGUCUAAAGUCACACCUGCCAAGUCCUCUCGCAAAGAUUAGGCAGAGUCUAAAGUCACACCUGCCAAGUCCUCUUGCUCCUAAUGAGAGUAGAGGCAGAUAGACCGAUAGGUUUGGAACAGGGUUUUCCACCUUAAAAGUAACAAGAGGCUGAUAGUUCAUAAUACACAUCUUAUUGUGCUUUAGUUAUACCUUAGUAUUUUUUAAGUGUUUCUCCUUUCUUAGAAUCCUUAUAUAGGUUCAGAACUCAUAGGUAUAAAUUACCUGUCAUAUUUUUUGUUGCUGUAAGAUUUUAAGUAUAAGAAUUUUCGGAGUGAGUGUGAGUGUGGGGUGGGGUGGUGGGAAAAAAAAAGAAUUUUGGUGUUCUGUAUUAGAUUGUAAAAAUCCUCGUAUCUUUAAGUUGAUGAGCAAGCAACCAUUACAUUGUAAUGGAGUUUUUCUUUGAAACAUGUAAGAGUGGAAUUUGUUGCUUAAAAUAGAGGAAAACAAAGCAAAAUGUGUAAACUACCAUUUUCCCUUUAUUCACUUUUGUUAUUUCACUUUUUGGUAAAGUUUGAAGAAAUGUACUCAGUUGUUGUUAUCUGAAUAAAA